AUGUUUGAUGAGUCGCUUGGGCUGACCGUUCUCGCUGAAGACGACUGCGAUGAAUAUGAGGAUGGCCAGAAGCAAUUUCUCGCUCAGUUUGUGGCUGCCAAACCUCGUUGUGGUGGCCUCCCGAACACCAAAGCGAACUUCGAUUGUGGAAAGCUCCGCGAGACAAUGUGGCGCAGCAUGCCGGGAAUGCACAAUGGGACCCGCUUGGUGAGGUCAGCCUUUUUGUUCAACCUUAGCGUUGGAGAGCUGCGCAGAGCUGCGCCCAGUCUGGCCAAAGGCAACUCGCAUCAUGGAACUGCAGAGAUGACUUCUCCUGAGUAG